GAACUCCCAAUACAAAUUGAAUACGCACUUGUCAGUAUAUUUUCUUAUCCUUAUCGUAUUUCAAUUUCGACAAAGAAACAUAUUAUUUCUGUGGCACUCAAGUGCAAAGUAUUGAUAACCCCAUUCAAGAUCAAAGAAAACCAUAGCAGAGCUACUUCGAUGGCAGUGGUGGCAUUUUCAAUAUCACAGUCACAUCUCUUCGAAGCAAGUAUCAGCAAGCUUACCUCCUUCUCCAUAUACUCGUACUAGUAGAAAGUGAAUUGAAUGUUUUUCCCCAAAAACAACAAAUCAGUAUCAAGUAACCAGUUUCUUCUCUCGUCCCGUUUGCCCUUCUUUGUGUUUCUGGUAUUGUUGUGGUGUUGUAAGUGGCAUUAAUUCAAGCUUCAACUUUUGAUUUUAAUACACCUCUAACCUGUUAUUGAAACUAAAGUAUGGUGUUGAGGUAGGUGGCGCGUCGUCAAAGAAUCUUGCUUAGCCUGGUGUUUUAUUGGAAUCAACUUGCAUUCGUAUGUCAAGUGUUACACUAAAAAGUUGUCCCAUACAAUAAAGUUAAUUUUAUAUUUCAUCUUGUGUUAUCGCGUUCGUCACGUCCGUCAGUCGCGUUGAGGCGAAACGAAGGAUUUUACUCAUUUGCGUUUUUAAGAAACAAAGUUGAUUGAAGAGAGACACAAAUUUCCAAAAGACAGAUUACAAGUCAGAAUACUAGACAUCAUAUUGGUCUUCUAUUAUCAUGUUGCCCUUCAAUUAUGUACAAUUUAUGGGAUGUGACAAUGGCAGAGAGAUAAGUAGCGUUGUUGCGAGAUACCAAAGAAAUGGAGUCAGCGUUGAAGGAGCCACUCACAAACAAGUUGUUGACUUAAUAAAAUCUGGCGGAGACUGUUUAACACUUACUGUUAUAUCAGUUACACAACAAGAAGCAGAAAGACUGGAACCGCAAGAAGACCAAAGUGGUUAUUCAUACAUCGACUACUCUGAAAAGCGAUCAUUGCCAAUAAGUAUCCCCGACUAUAACAUUAUAAAUCGAAAUGGCGAACGUUAUAUUGUCUUCAAUAUUCACAUGGCUGGUCGCCAAUUAUGCUCGAGACGAUAUCGUGAAUUUUCCAAUCUCCAUGCGAUACUACGAAAAGAAUUCGUAGGCUUUAAUUUUCCAAAGCUGCCAGGCAAAUGGCCAUUCCAAUUGAGCGAACAACAACUAGACAGUCGUCGUCGUGGUCUCGAACAAUAUCUCGAAAAAGUAUGUGCAGUUCGUGUGAUAGCCGAAAGUGAUGCAGUACAAGAUUUUCUUACCGAUUCGGAAGAUGAUUUAUCGGCAUCACCUGUUGACAUUAAAGUAAUGCUACCCCACCAUGAAGUUGUAACAGUGUCGGUAAAGAAAUCAGCAAAUGCACAGUUGGUUUGGGAAGUUCUAGUUCAGAGAGCGAAUCUCACUUCAUAUACUCAGCAAUAUUUCUAUUUAUUCGAAAUAGUCGAGUAUAAUUUUGAAAGAAAGCUACAGCCGCAUGAAGUGCCACAUCAGCUGUAUGUUCAGAAUUAUAGUACUGCGUCGAGUACGUGUUUGUGUGUUCGACGAUGGUUAUUUUCUAUAACUAAGGAAUUGUCCCUACCGGAUGGUGAACAGGCGGCAAAAUUUAUAUUUUAUCAGUCUGUUGAUGAAGUAAAUCGUGGCAAUAUUAGAGCUGAGGGAAGGCUAUACGAGCUUAAAGCUCUACAAGAUGCUAAAAAAGCAUCUGAAUAUUUGGCAUUAGCUCGAACAUUACCUGGUUAUGGUGAUGUUGUAUUUCCCCAUUGUUCCUGUGAUAGUCGCAAAGAAGGACAUGUUGUUCCAGCUGUUGGUAUGAAAAGUUUCCGUUUGCAUGCAUGUCGUGAAGAUGGUGCGUUAGAAGCCCAAAUGGUCGAGUUAACGUGGGAUACAAUAACUAGAUGGGAAAGUGACGAAGAGUCUAUGUCCUUUUGUUUUCAAUAUAAUCGUCCCGACAAACCUCCGCGAUGGGUUAAAGUUUACACACCAUAUCACGCAUUUCUAUCGGAUUGUUUCGAUCGAAUAAUGGAAGAAAAAAAAUGGGAAGACAGCGGUGACUAACAAAAUUACAUUCAUCACAAAAAUUGAAAACAUAAAAACACAUAAGUAAAAUUUAAAAUUUACUCACCCCGACCUUCUCUCUAUCGCUCUCGAUCUAUCUCUAACUCUCUGUCUCUCUCUCCUAGCUUAUAAGUUCAUUCACACUAUGUUCACAGAAAAACAUAAAAUAUUUAGUUUUUUUUUCUUGCAUUCAUUCACUCAUAUAAGAAAAAAAAGUAGAACAAAAACUAUAUUAUGAUAAAGUAAAUUUAUUCAGUUGUACAUUAUUAUUUUGUAUAAACAAUAAUACAAACUCUACGAGAUAAGUAAAAAAGUAAGAAACAGUUUUGACCAAAAAAAAAUUAAAAGUUUACCGAACAAAUUUAAUAAAUAUCUUUUUUGUUUAUUAAACACAAAGCAUUGUCCUGUUAUUUUUUAA